CCUCAAACUUUAGUAGCGUGUAUAUUCAGCUACGAACGGUUUAUACUUAAGCCACGAAGACGCUUGAUAUUACGUGAAAGUAAUUUUGUAUUUAAGUUAAAAUUUAAUUAAACAUGUUACAUAAAACUGCGGCUCUUCGCCCGAAGGGUCAGUUAGUGAAGCACAUUAAUUAUUCCACUGCAAAGAAUCAGCGAGUGAUAGCAAUAAGGAGAGAGGACCAGUCAGUAUGGGAGAGAAGGGCCCCGUUUUCGCCGACCAACGUGAGCAAACUGGUGCGGCAGGGAGUCAAGGUCAUUGUGCAGCCUUCCAACCGACGGGCGUAUCCUAUGCAGUCGUACAUAAACUCCGGGGCCAUAGUCCAGGAGGAUAUCAGCGAAGCGAGCGUUAUAUUUGGAGUGAAACAGACGCCCAUAGACCUCCUCAUCCCCAACAAGACCUAUUGUUUCUUCUCCCACACGAUUAAGGCACAAGAAGCCAAUAUGCCCAUGCUGGACGCUAUACUAGCUAAGAACAUUCGCCUGAUAGAUUACGAGAAGUUGAUGGAUGAUGCUGGCAAUCGCGUGGUGGCGUUCGGGAAGUACGCUGGCGUGGCGGGCAUGAUCAACAUACUGCAUGGACUGGGUCUACGGCUACUGGCUUUGGGUCACCAUACACCUUUCAUGCACAUCGGCCCAGCACACAAUUACCGCAACUCGAGCAUGGCGCGGCAGGCGAUCCGCGACGCCGGCUACGAGGUCUCCCUGGGCAUGAUGCCCAAGAGUCUCGGCCCGCUCACCUUCAUCUUCACAGGUUCUGGAAACGUCUCGCAGGGAAGCCAAGAGAUAUUCCACGAAUUACCACAUGAAUAUGUUCCACCAGAAAUGCUCAGAAAAGUCGCUGAACACGGAAGUCCAAACAAGAUCUACGGGUGCGAAGUGCGUCGCAGACAUCACCUGGUGAGGAAGAAUGGCGGAGGGUACGACCAUAUUGAGUACGAGGAGCAUCCGGAGCGGUACAUAUCCACCUUCGCGCAAACGAUCGCGCCAUACACGUCAGUGCUGGUGAACUGCAUCUACUGGGCGGUGGACAGCCCCAAACUGCUGACCAUCCCCGACGCCAAGCACCUGCUUCUGCCAUCGCACACGCCCUGGCUGCCCAGGAGCAUUGGCGCGCCGGCUCUGCCUCACAGAAUGUUGGCCAUCUGCGAUAUCUCGGCCGACCCCGGCGGCUCCAUCGAGUUCAUGAACGAGUGCACCACUAUCGACACGCCCUUCUGUCUCUAUGACGCCGACAGAAACAAGGACACUAAAAGUUUCAAAGGCCCCGGUGUGCUGGUGUGCUCGAUCGACAACAUGCCAACGCAACUCCCGCGCGAGUCCACAGACUUCUUCGGCGACCUCUUGUUCCCAUACGCGGAGGACAUCAUGCGGUCAGACGCCUCCAAACCUCUCGAAGACCACAACUUCACGCCGGUCGUACAAGGGGCUAUCAUCACAAGUAACGGAAAGUUGACCGCACCAUUCGAGUAUAUCAACGAGCUACGUAUGGCGAAUACGCGAUGUCGUCACAAAGUGGAAGGCCACGAGCAGGAGACGUCCGUGGUGAUCCUGGGCAGCGGGUUGGUCUCCGCGCCUGUGGUCGAGUAUCUAUCCAGGGACAAGAACGUCGCGGUCACCAUCGCAUCCCAGGUACAAGAGGAGGCGGACGAGCUAGCCCACCGUUAUGGAGUUCGCGCGGAAUACCUCGAAGCGAACAACGAUAGCGCCCUCACGUCGCUGGCUUCACGCGCGCGGCUUGUGAUAUCGCUGCUGCCAUAUGACUUGCACGGUGCUGUGGCCAGGGCUUGCGUGGCCAAUGGAGUUCACAUGGUUACGGCGUCCUAUGUGCGCCCUGAAGUACAAGAGCUUCACGACGCUGCGAAAGAGAAAGGCGUGACGCUACUGAACGAGGUGGGCCUGGACCCUGGCAUCGACCACCUGCUGGCGCUCGAGUGCAUCCACGACAUACAGAGCCACGGCGGCAGGGUGGAUUCCUUUGUGUCCUAUUGUGGAGGUCUCCCAGCGCCAGAGUUCAGUGACAACGCGUUGAGGUAUAAGUUCUCCUGGAGUCCACGAGGCGUCCUCCUCAACACCAUCUCGGGAGCUAAAUACCUAAGCAGAGGGCAGAUCGUCGAAGUUAUGGGAGGCGGCGAGUUGAUGUCGGUAGCCCGGGAGCUGGAUUUCCUACCAGGGUUCGCGUUCGAAGGGUUCCCCAACCGGGACAGCACUAAAUACUCCUCGCUCUACGGCAUUGAAGAUGCGCACACCAUGUUCAGAGGAACUUUGAGAUACAGAGGUUUCGGAGACACAAUGAAAGCUAUGCAGCUGUUUGGCUAUAUCGACCCAAACCCUCAUCCUUCACUUCACCCAGAGGGGCCUAAAAUUACUUGGCGUCAAUUCGCGUGUGAGCUGCUAGGGCUACUCGACUCGUCGAUCUUCUACGAGAACCUGCGCACGCGCGUGGCGGAGCGCGUGGGCGCGUCCGGCGCGGCCGCGCUGGAGUCGCUCGGGCUCUUCAGCGAGGACCUCAUUGUCAAACUCAGCACGCCGCUCGACACCGUCAGCCACUACCUGGGCAAGCGGCUGCAGCUAGAAAAAGACGAGACAGACUUCGUGGUGCUCCGACACGAGUUGGGAGUGACGUGGAGUGAUGGGCGACGAGAGCGGCGCGAGGUCACCAUGACGGUGAGGGGGGACCCCGCCUCGCACACCGCCAUGGCGCGCACCGUCGGCCUGCCCACCGCCAUCGCCGCGAAGAUGCUGCUAGAUGGUGAAAUCCAAGAGCGCGGCGUGGUGCUGCCAUUCGCGCCAGUUGUGUACAAGUCCCUGUUGUCCCGACUGCGAGCUGACGGCAUCACCGCUAGAGAGUCGUCGACGCCGCUCAACUAAGUGUGACAUGUGCCUUACAAACUCAUACGAUCGAUUAUCGUUUGAGAAUACGCCCUACAUUUUUGAGUCUGAAAGGAAUUGGCAAUUUCCCAAAGUACUUUUUAAAUUAAUUAUGAAUAGUUGUAUUUUAAAAGCCAACACAAAAUAAAUUGUGUUUGUUAAAUAAAUUUAUAUGUUUGCUUGAGACGAUAAUGUAAUCAACUUUUUAAGUACAUAUAUAUAUAUUCACACAUAGUAUUAUGAGUGUUCUAUAUAAUGUGACAAAUAAAAUCUUGUAAUAGAUUCGAGAACCGACACUCCUUUUUUCUAAGUCACGUGUUUCACUUUACAAAAGUCCACAAUUCGCAAUCUGCACGCUCUCAAUUAAUGUAAUAUAUUGUAAAUAUGAAUAAAAGUGAGAAUAUUGAUUUAGUUUUAUAAGAAAUGAUUGUACAUUUUAUACAUUAAAAAAUAAAUGAACUUUUAAAA